AUGCAUAACAUUAUUCAUAUCGAUGAAAAAUGGUUCUAUAUGUCAAAGAGGUCUGAAAACUAUUACUUGCUACCAGAUGAGGAAGAGCCAUUACGCACUUGUCAAAGUAAAAAUUUCAUUCCAAAAGUCAUGUUCUUAGCUGCUAUAAGUCGUCCAAGAUUUGAUACACAAAGGACUGAAAUCUUCUCUGGAAAAGUUGGUAUCUUCCCAUUCGUCACUCAAGAGCCAGCCAAAAGAACUAGUGUUAAUAGAUCUGUAGGUACAUUAGAAACAAAACCAAUAACUUCGAUAAAGAAAGAAGUUAUAAAAUCGUUUCUAAUUGAAAAGGUGUUACCUGCCAUCAAAGCAAAGUGGCCAAGAGAUGAUCUAAGGCAGCCAAUAUUUAUUCAACAAGAUAAUGCAAGAACUCACAUUGGCAUUGAUGAUGCUAAUUUUUGUCGAGCAGCUACAGAAGAUGGGUUUGAUAUUCGUUUGAUGUAUCAACCAGCAAAUUCUCCAGAUUUAAAUGUCUUAGAUCUUGGAUUCUUUCGUGCAAUUCAGUCAUUAACACACAAGGAAGCACCUACAACAGUUGAUGAGCUUGUUAAUGCUGUUGUGAAGUCAUUUGAAGCUUUCUCCACUGUGGAAUCUGACAAAAUAUUCUUAACACUUCAGACAUGCAUGAUAGAAAUCAUGAAGGCAAAAGGUUCCAACAAAUAUAAGAUCCCACAUAGUAAGAAAGUAGUGCUAGAAAGAUAUGGCCAACUCCCUACUCGGAUGAAAUGUAAUCCCACAUUAGUGCAAGAAGUUCUUGAUUAUUUAAGUUUUUGA